AUGGCUCUCUACUUCCUUUACCCAGCCGUGGCCGCCUUGGCUCUUUUUAUAGUUGGAGUGAUCAUCAUCAUGCUGCGUUAUGGUCCGCGUUUGUGUGGUUUACGCCACCAUGCCCUGCCGGACAAUGACGACCUACGCGAGAAGACAUAUGAGCACGAGAUAAGCUAUGCCUAAUCGAGUUCUCCAUUUUAUUUUUUAUAUAUUUACAUUCCGGCAAUGUAGUAAAUUGCUUUUCAAUAUCCAUCCCUCGCUAACCCUUUAGUCUGUAAGCACCUACUAACCAUCUGCACCCAUGGUUAAUUAAUUCGCAUACAGUACAAAAAGCCGUUUUCAUUUUCCAUUUGAAACCAAUGUGCCUUCCCGAGAAAUAUAUAUGCCGUCCAAGUGUCUUAGUGUUGUAAGAUACAACUGUAAUUCAAUGUUCGUUACUCUUUUAAUUUAAAAAACUUAAAAAUCCAAUAUUUGUAACUCUCAGUAUAUGCAAACUCUAUACAUUUGUAUUCGUUCCGUUUUGAACUAUAUAUUUCUUUUUAGACAACUUUAAAUAAAGCUCAAAUGUAUAACCCCGAA